AUGGUGUGGCUGUUUCUCCUUUCCUGGCCAGUGGGCUUUGCGUUUAGCCUGGCCAGUCUCCCGGCCCCGCAGCUUCAGGAGAACACGAACUGCCCUCGGCGCUCGGCCCAGGGGAACGCGCGUGAAACUUGUGCAGGUCCUGCACCCUUCUUAAUUUUCAGCCAUGGAAAUGCUAUCUUUAGGAUUGACCUGGAGGGAACUAACCAUGAACAGGUGGUGGCUAAUGCUGGCAUAUCGAUAUUGAUGGAUUUUCAUUAUAGAAAGAAGAAGGUCUAUUGGGUGGACUUAGAAAGAGGACUCCUGCAAAGAGUAUUCCUGAAUGGUACAAAGAAAGAGAUUCUGUGCCGUGUGGAGAAGGGGGUUUCAGGAAUGGCAAUAGAUUGGAUACAUGAAGAAAUGGUUUGGUCCAAUCAAUGGAAAGGAACAAUUGAAGCUACAGAUAUGAAAGGAAACAAUUCUCGUGUCCUCUUGAAAGAAUUAAAUUAUCCUAAAAAUAUUGUUCUUGAUCCGGUAAAAAGGUUUAUGUUUUGGGUAUCAGAUAAUAUUACUGGCAUUGUAAACAGAGCAAAUCUAAAUGGGACAGACGUGAAGAUUCUAACGCAGAGAUUACAAACAAUUAAAAUGAUCUCACUGGACAUCAUUGGCCAGAGACUCUUUUGGAUUCAGUACGGCAGUGAAGAGAAUGACCUUCGAGUUGGCUCAUGUAAUUAUGAUGGGGGCUCUGUUCACUUCUUGAAUAAUUUUACAUGGUACCAUUAUUUUGGAAUGUCUCUCUUUGUUGAAGAUAUAUACUAUUCAGAAUGGAAUACAAGUGCCAUUUGGAGAGCCAACAAACACACAGGGGAGAAAAUGGUUAAAAUUAGGCUUAAGCCAUCAUUUCUCCCACCAACUGAAAUAAAAAUAGUACACAAGCUUCUGCAGCCCACAGCAAGAAAUGACACUCAGGAUUCUGAGCAGGAAUCAUGCAACUUCAGGAAAGGUGACUGUAGCAGGAUCAGCGUGUGUGGGCAAGACCCCAAGUCCCAUCGAUGCAAAUGUGCUGAAGGUUACACAUUAAGCCGAGAUGGGAGGUAUUGUGAAGAUAUCAAUGAAUGUGCAUUUUGGAACCAUGGGUGUACUCUUGGGUGUGAAAACAUCCCUGGAUCCUUUUACUGCACAUGCCCCAGAGGGUUCAUCCUGCUUUCUGAUGGGAAAAGAUGUCAUGAAUUAAUUUCCUGUGGAAGCAAUAGCACUGGAUGCAGCCAUGGUUGUGUCAUGACAUCGGAUGGUCCUGUGUGUUUCUGUCCUGAAGGGUCAGUGCUCAAGGAAGAUGGAAAAACAUGCAGUGGUUGUUCAUCACUAGACAAUGGUGGGUGUAGCCAGAUUUGCACCCCUCUGAGCCCAGUGUCUUGGGAAUGUGGUUGCUUUCCUGGAUAUGAGCUGCAGUUGGAUCGAAAGAGCUGCAAAGCUACAGGACCCCAGCCCUUUUUACUGUUUGCCAACAUGCGUGAUAUUCGGCGCAUCCGCUUUGAUGGGACAAAGUAUGAAAGCCUGCUCAGCCGGCAGAUGGGAGUGGUCUUAGCGUUAGAUCAUGAUCCGGUUGAAAAUAAGAUUUACUUUGCACACACAACACUGAAGUGGAUAGAGAGAGCUAAUAUGGAUGGCUCAGAGCGUGAAAUACUCAUUCAGGAAGCAAUAGACACACCGGAAAGUCUUGCCGUGGAUUGGAUCGAUCGUAAAUUCUAUUGGACAGACCGAGGGAAAUCACACAUCGCCAGGAGUGAUUUGAGUGGAAAGCACAAUGAAGUAAUCAUUAAGGAAGAUGUAUCUCAGCCAAGAGGAAUUGCCGUUCAUCCUAUGGCCAAGAAAUUAUUCUGGACUGAUUUGGGAAUUAAUCCACGGAUUGAAAGCUCUACUCUUCAAGGCAGUGACCGGCUGAUUAUAGCUAAUACUGAUCUGGUCUGGCCUAGUGGAAUAACGAUUGAUUAUGUAGCUGACAAGUUGUAUUGGUGUGAUGCCAAGCAAUCUGUUAUUGAAAUGGCCAAUCUGGAUGGGUCAGGACGCCGGAGACUUACCCAGAACGAUGUAGGUCACCCAUUUGAUGUGGCUGUAUUCGAAGAUCAUGUUUGGUUCUCUGAUUGGGCUAAGCCUUCGGUAAUAAGGGUGGACAAGAGGACUGGUCAAAACAGGGUAUGUCUUCGAGGCAGCAUGCUGAGACCCUCAUCCUUGGUUGUAAUUCAUCCUUUGGCAAAACCAGCCAGUGAGAUGAAUCUAAGCAAUGAUGCAACAUCAUUGGAGAAUGGCUUGGGAAGAACACUGGAAGAAAACACCAGGGAGGAGCAACAGCCCAAACAUGGACUAGUAGCUGAAAUCGUGAUUUCAGAUGAGGAUGACUGUGCCCCUGUGGACUGUGGUGUGAAUGCUCAGUGCAUUUCUGAGGGAAAGGAUGCCCGAUGUCAGUGCUUGGAUGGAUUCACCAGGAAUGGAACUGUCUGCUCUGAUAUUGAUGAAUGUGAAAUGGAUAAUGUGCUUUGCCAGCCAGAAUCAUCUGAGUGCAUCAACACCGAGGGUGGCUAUGUCUGCAAAUGUUUGAACGGCUACAGUGGAGAUGGUUUGGAAUGUUAUGACAUUGAUGAGCAUGAAACGGGAGUGCACAAAUGUGCAGAAAAUGCCAUCUGUAAAAAUACAGAGGGAGGCUACACCUGUAUCUGCUCUACUGGUGCACCUGGGAUGUUCUUGAAACAUUGUCUUCCAGAAUCUUUUCAGCCCAGGAAUGAUGCUUCCUCUCGCAUGGGAAACAGGAGUUCAGAGUGUCCACCACCAUAUGACUCAUUCUGCCUCCAUGGAGGAGUAUGUGUUUACAUUUCAGAGCUAGAAAGCUAUGCGUGCAAAUGCGUGGUUGGCUACGUGGGAGAGCGCUGUCAGCACCAUGAUCUGGAGUGGGGGGAGAUGCGGCACAUGACAAUGACCAAUCAGCAGAAUAUCACCGUGGCCGUUGUGGUGGUCUUGCUGCUCCUCCUGGCCGUGGGGGCCACUUACUACUUCAGGACUCAGAAGCUCCAUAAGAAGAAUCCAACCACUGAGAUGACCAGGGAAUCCACCGUUGCCAGUGCCCCUGGAGAGGGUGUGAUCCUUCCCAAUCACAAGCCUUGGGUUUUGGGUGUAAAGGAGCAGCCAGACUGCAGGGUUGGGAGUCAUCCAGUGUCUUCCACAGACUGUCAGACCACAAAUGGUGGCCAGCUUUCUCCCCCUGAACCUGGAUCUAUGUGUCUGGCAUCUGGGAACAGAGAAAUGCAGAACUUAGAAGAGAUGGGGAAAGAUCAAGGCUACCAGCCCCAGCUAUCUGGAGAUGAAGAACUUGGUCCUCAGGAAAUAGAGGGAAGUCCUCCUCAGCUUCCUUCGGGUGGUGGCCCUUUGCAGGGAACCUCGUUCCCUUGUUCCAGCUAA